AUGAAUGUCGUGGACGCAAGCUCCCUUCCCGCGCUCGAGUAUCUCACCCAAACAGGUGUCAACGCGGAGCUGAAGCAGAUGCUCACCAACCUGUUAGAAGCCCAGCCGGAUGACCCCAUCACAUUCAUCACAGAUCAUCUCAAGAACAGUCUGCAUCGCUUCGCGCCAGUGUAUCAAGCAUACACUCAGAUUAACCUUGGAAACUGGAACUCCCCCUCGUACAACGAGAGCGUCGCCCAGGCAUUUGAGUCGCUAAAUGCUGGAAACAAGGGCGACAUCCUGACGGGCAUAGAGAUGUCCGACUUUACCAAUUUUCUCAACUACUUUCUGAGAGGCUACGAGCGGAUCCAAGCAUCAUUUUACAAAAUUGUGUUGGGGUGGACCGAUCACCACGAGCUCGUCAGCUUCGAGGCCUUUCGCGACAUUACACUGCUCGCAGGGCUACUGGAAGAGUUCCUCAAGCAGAUCAAACUGCAAUACCAGAAACUGUCGCAGGAUAGCCCGCUCCUCUCAAUGAGCCUCAUUCAGAACUUUCUUGAAAACGUUGCACAGCCGCAUACGCCGGGACACGACGUAAACCAAUUCAUGGUUCGUUCAAAGUUCUAUUCGGCUUUUGCGUCUGAAUCUGGACCCAGCUUCAUGAAGCAUUCUGAGUUCCUCGACUGGGUUUCCAAGCAGCUCCUGCAGCUCAUUUAGAAGGCCAUAUGACCACCGUGCCAUCCGCCGCUGGCUGUGUUUUCG